CCAAAUCCGCUAGAUUACUGGACCCCGUGCCUCGCCAAGGGAAAGAAGAUUGUUUUACCAUACCAACGGUGUUUUUAUUCGCUAUAUAUACAUUCAAGAGACUUUGGGCGAUCGAAAUUCAAGUUCAUGGAUAUAAUUAUUUGGAAGGGUUGUUUCUUUACCUUCUCUAUCUGCUCUUUGGUUGAGGAAAGAGCCCUGCCGCAUGCGUUGUCAGGCCAGUGUUGGUUGUUCUGAGUUAAGGAACAACAGCAGCUUCCCGUGCUUACUUUGCACUGUGGAAGUCUAUUCUUUGGACGGAAAUACAAUGCCAGGAGACAUCAAUGUGAAUAUUGUUGUUGUAAGAAUCAACAAUAGCCCAUGAUGUGGACUGAACUUCAUUUUGUUAUGGGAUAACGGUGAUAUCGUUGCCAUAAUAACGGGUUGAUCAAGAAUGAUUUGAGUUUAACAGUAUUUGAAAGAAUUCUGAAUUGUUAUAAUACUGUAACAUAUUGAAUAUGCCACCUCAGGGUCUGCUUGACUCACAAGAACACACCAAGGGACCUAAGUAAACACAACAAUUCAAGUCCUAUGCAGUAGAAUGCACUGGUGAUCUUCGUAUUGCUGGAUAUUCAUUCCUUUGUCAACUAUCUAUCUGAAGAAGGCAGGCUUGAAAAUGGCAUCCUUUUUCAAUUUCCGUAAAAUCUUUAAAUUGGGUGCUGAGAAGAAGAAGAAACAGUAUGAGCAUGUCCACAGAGAUGAGAACCCAGAGGAGAUAUGGGAGAUCAUUGGAGAACUGGGGGAUGGAGCCUUUGGAAAAGUCUACAAGGCCCAGAACAAGCUGACAGGCAUUCUGGCUGCAGCUAAAGUGAUCGAUACCAAGACGGAGGAGGAGCUGGAGGACUAUAUGGUAGAGAUCGAUAUCCUGGCCUCCUGCGACCAUCACAACAUAGUGAAGCUGCUGGACGCCUUCUACUACGACAGCAAGCUAUGGAUCCUGAUAGAGUUCUGUGCAGGUGGAGCGGUGGAUGCCGUCAUGCUGGAGCUAGAGAGGCCCCUGACGGAGCCCCAGAUCCGGGUGGUGUGUAAGCAGACCCUCCAGGCCCUCCUCUACCUCCAUGACAACAAGGUGAUCCACAGAGACCUGAAGGCUGGGAACAUCCUGCUAUCCCUGAACGGAGACGUCAAACUGGCUGACUUUGGUGUGUCAGCCAAAAACACCAAAACACUACAGAGGAGAGACUCUUUCAUCGGGACGCCAUACUGGAUGGCCCCGGAGGUGGUGAUGUGUGAGACAUUUAAGGACCGGCCGUACGACUACAAGGCUGACAUCUGGUCCCUGGGAGUGACUCUGAUCGAGCUGGCCCAGAUCGAGCCUCCCAACCACGAGAUGAACCCUAUGAGAGUCCUGCUGAAAAUAGCCAAGGCUGAUCCUCCUACCCUGAUGCAGCCGUCACGCUGGUCUCCAGAGUUCAGUGAUUUCCUAAGAAAGUGUCUGGAUAAGAAUGUGGACAACAGAUGGAAUGUGGCACAACUUCUACAGCAUCCAUUUUUGAGUACUGUGACAGACAGCAGACCGUUGAGGGAGCUGAUUGCUGAAGCAAAGGCUGAGGUUUAUGAGGAGAUUGAGGAACACAAGGAGGAAGAGGAGGAGGAGGAAGGAGAGACUCAACGGGGUCACAAACGUGCACUGUCCGAUGCCAGCGUUGCCAGCUCGGAGGAUGAGAAAUUCCCUCAGUCUCCCUCAGCUUCCAUCUUGGAGUCUUUACCGGAGAAGGCUGAACCGGUUAUCCCAACACCACAGAUAGUUGAAAAGAUCCCUGAACCAAGUGUCGUCAAGCCAGAGGAGAACCAUGUUGUGGACACUAGCUUCGUUGAGGAGCCCACUGCCCCUGCAGAAGUAGAGAAAAUGGAUGAGACCCUUAAUGUUUCAAUAAAUGGAGAGACAACAGAAACCAGUGAGAAACUAGUGGAGGUGAAGGAAGAGGAGGAGAAUGUUCCAGAAAUAUCAGAGGUUACCCCAACAGAACCCAGUGAGAUAGCUUCUUCAGAACCAGCUCAGAAACCAGCAGAGCCCCACCCAGAAGGAACCAUUUCCAAUGCUGAAGUCACCACAGUAGACAAGGAGAUGGAACAACUGGCCAUAUCCAAUCAGGAUGAAAAGGAAGUGGACACAGCCGAGGUCCAGACGAUUGAGGUCACCGCAGAGGCCAAGGACGAGCCAACGGAAGACAAGAUGGAAGUUGAGGAGGAACCAGCUAACGAGGAGCCUAGCAGGGAAGCAAAGGUUACCGUGACAACCCCAGAGGAGACUCCUGCAUCUCCGGCAGUCCAGAAAGAGGAGGAAGGAAAGAGAGUGGUGUAUAAGCCAACUGCGGAGGAGACAGGGACUCCAGUGAAGUCUAAGGAUGAGAAGGAGAGGGAUUCGGACUCUGGGAGUAGUUCUGCUGCAGAUAACGGCAGCAUAGACAUGAACCUCUCCAUCUCCAGCUUCCUGACCAAAACCAAGGAGCCAGGAACCCUCUCCAUACAGGAAACCAAGCGCCAGAAGAAGACACUGAAGAAGACCCGUAGGUUCAUGGUGGAUGGAGUCGAGGUUAGCGUGACGACGUCGAAGAUCAUCACCGAUAAUGACACCAAGAAUGAGGAGAUGAGGUUCCUCAGGCGUCAGGAGCUGAGGGAGCUACGUUUCCUGCAAAAGGAGGAACAGAGGGCCCAGCAGCAGCUCAGCAAUAAACUGCAGCAGCAGAAAGAACAGAUAUGCCGCCGCUUCGAACAGGAGACGACCAGUAAGAAGCGCCAGUACGACCAGGAAGUGGAGAACCUGGAGAGACAGCAGAAGCAGACCAUCGAGAGGCUGGAGCAGGAGCACACCAACCGGCUGAGGGACGAGGCCAAGCGCAUCAAGGCCGAGCAGGACAAGGAGCUGUCCAAGUUCCAGAACAUGCUCAAGAACCGCAAGAAAGAGGAGCAGGAGUUCCUGCAGAAACAGCAGCAGGAGCUGGACUGUGCCCUGAAGAAGAUCAUCCAGCAACACAAACACGAGCUGGCCACCAUCGAGAGAGACUGUCUCAACCACAAACAACAGCUCCUCAGAGCACGGGAAGCAGCUAUGUGGGAGCUGGAAGAGCGUCACCUACAGGAGAAACACCAGUUGUUUAAACAACAGCUCAAAGACCAGUACUUCAUGCAGAGACACCAGCUGCUCAAGAGACAUGAGAAGGAAAUGGAGCAGAUGCAGCGCUACAACCAGCGUCUCAUCGAGGAGAUGAAGAACAGGCAGACUCAGGAGAGGGCCCGCUUACCCAAGAUCCAGCGCAGCGAGGCCAAGACACGAAUGGCCAUGUUCAAGAAGAGCCUCCGAAUCACUGGGGGCCCCAUCACACCCGAGCAGGAGAGGGAGAAGGUCAAACAGUUUGCAGCCCAGGAGGAGAAGAGGCAGAAGAAUGAGAGGCUCCACCAGCACCAGAAACAUGAGAACCAGAUGAGAGACCUGCAACUGCAGUGUGACGCCAACGUCAGGGAGCUGCAGCAGUUACAGAAUGAGAAGUGCCACCUCCUGAUAGAGCAUGAGACCCAGAAGCUAAAGGAGCUGGAUGAAGAGCACAGCCUGGAGCUGAAGGAGUGGAGGGAGAAACUACGACCCAGGAAGAAGGCUCUGGAGGAAGAGUUUGCCAGGAAGCUUCAGGAGCAGGAGGUCUUCUUUAAGAUGAGUGGAGAGUCAGAGUGCCUUAACCCCUCAGCCCAGAGCCGCAUCUCCAAGUUCUACCCCAUCCCCAGUGUCCACUCCACUGGCUUCUAGAGGUUAACCCUAUCAUGGCACUCCGGAUGGACAUAAACAUAUAUGCACACCCACAUAUUGAAGGCACACACAACACACGAUGAACAGAUAUACACACUCCGGAUGGAUACACACACACACACACACACACACAAAUAGACGGGCACACACACACACACUAAUAAGACUGAGCCUCUGCUGCCUUGCCCCGUCUCCGCUGAUGAUAAUCAGGGGGACGAAGGGGGAUAUCUCCAAGGGGUGUGUUUGUACCCCUCUAAGGGUGUGUGUACCCAUCUAUCGGUUUCUGGAAGAGGAUGGGACAGUACCCCUCAAGCUACAGACUGUGUUAAUCAUGAAGACCCUUUUAAUGGUGAUCUGUUAUAUAAUUUACCCCUUUUUCAUUGUAUAGGGUCGUGUUCAGUCGGGCACACCGUAGCAAAAGUUUGAAUCUGUGUUCUUAUUGUAGAAGUAGUACCUCCCCGUUUCACUCCAUUUCAAAACGUUUUCCACUGACUGAACACAACACGUUUUAUUAUUACUGUCUUAUAGCUUCCUCUUUUGAAAUGAGUUAUGAAGGAGAUUCCUGACAUUAUGCAUUUUCAAAUUCGAUACUUUGGCACCAUGUUACUCCAAUCCUUGCCUCUAAGUCACUAAAGUGUCUCAGGCAGAUUUAGUAUUUUAAUUGCUGAUUCUUUUUAAUUUGUGAAUCUUAUUUUUUUCUUGAAUAAUCUAGUGCCUGAAUAAUUUUAUUUAAAUGGACUGGCUUUUCAAAUGUAAGCUUCCUCUGAUAAAACAAUUGCUGCUCGAUUUUUAUUUCAUUAGUUAUUUGCACUAAAUAAAAAGGAUAAAGUAAAAUGUUAUACCACUGAAGUCCAGUAUAAUGUACUUAUAUAUUCAAUAUCUAUGGUGAUGUUUGAGAGAGCUAAUGAUAUGAUAAGAAUGUACUUUUGGUUAAAGAUGAGCAGCACAUUUUUUAUAAUGAAUUUUGACAUAGGCAUGAUAUAUUUUAUAUGCAUCACACAUAUCUUCAUAAGAUAUUGAAUUUAGUUUCCAAUGGACUAGGGAGUGACUGCCUGAAGUUGUGCAUGGAUUUGAAUGCAAGUUCAACUUCUUAUGCUAUAAUUAUGGUAUCAAAUGUUAUUUUUUGGAGCUUAUAAACAACAGUUUGGGAUUUCUAUCUUGUCGGAAAUGGUUCCUUUCUUCUAGCCUGGGAGUCCAAACUGAAUCACUACUUUCACUGUUGUUUUACUUACGGAGUGAUUCGGUUGAGAUUCUCAGGCUAGUAUCUUUCUUCAGGUUUCAUGAGCAUGCCUUUCAUCUUCAGCACAACUCUUGAGAUUUGUUUUGCUCUUUUUGUAAUUUGGCGUAGUCGGCAAGUGCCCAUUUUGUUUUAGCAUAUCAAGGAGGGGGUAUUAAAAUGGUGUUUGUUUAUAUCCAGACAGAGACAAGGUUUUCACUGUGGUUGCUGAAAUGGCGUUGUUAUAUAAUUCGAUAGAAAUCUUUGAGGACCUAUAAGGAGGUCUGUUUUGUUAAACUUUCAUGGCAAUUUUUGGUAUGUCUGUGUAUUAUUUUAAAAAUUGCCUCCCAGUAAUAAGGUAUUAUUUCAUUACCAUAUUCAUCAGUUGACCUGCAUGGCUUUUGGGUUUGUUUGUAAGGAAAUUAUGAUACUGUUUUAUUAUCAUUCAUACUAGCUAAUAGCCUUAAUGUUUUCAACAAAAUGUAUGAAGAUAUGGUAUUCAUGUUGUGGCCCUCUGUGUAGUUAUUUUAAUCAGACUUAGUUCAAAUCCCGCCCCAAGUGAUCUUUAUAUUCGUAUAGCCUACAGUAUCAUAUUCAAAUGUUUGGUUCAUUACUUAUUUAAUCUAAAGAUAAUGAAUGACGUUAUCAUGAGUUUAACAGUUUUGAUAACAUUUUCAGAACUACAGUUUUACCCUAUUUUAUCAUAGAUAUGCACCUUCAAUACAGUUGAAAAUAAUUUGUUAAAAAGGAACUGUUGGACCUGACUGGUUUAGGCCAUCAUGACCUCUGAUUGGUCUAUUUGUCAUCUCGCCCUUUUCUGAUUGGCUUCAGGAACAACAAUCAAUCAAUGCUAUUUUAUUUUAAUUGGUCUGUAAUAGUGGCAAAUAAAGACAAAACAUCAUACACAAUGAAGGAGUGCUGUGCACCUUUCACAAAAUGAAGAUACUCUGCCAGUAGCUAUUUAUGUGGAAAUGUAUCUUUACUAAAGUACAGUAUUGUAGUUUCCUCAAUUGUCAAAAAGUUCAUUUCAAAUCUGAAAUUUAAGCUGAAUUGAAAAUAUAAUUGAAUACCAAUCAUAUCACUAUGUGUUAUGUUAUUAGUGUCAUGAUUUCAUUCUGAUUUUCACAUUGUAUCAUGAUUGAUUUCAGAAUGUUGUUUGAAAUUGAACUACCAUGAUAAAAGCAUGUGCAUUUUUAAGACGAGUUUACUUUAUAGUUUAUAGAAUGCCUAUGUACUGUAGAUUUGCAUUGUUCUGUAAAUAAACAAUUUCCUGUAUACAA